CGUCGGUCAAGCGCAUGCAUGCACCUUCGCGUGUGGGAAAGAAGUUUUUCUGAAUAUAUCGGAUGUACCGACGUGUACGUUUCAUUUCUGCGCUAUUUUAUAUACGAACAAUGGCAGGUUAUAUAUGGCGACUUUUAUGCGGUCGCAUGAGAGUACUGACUAACUGGCAGAAAAGCGCGGUAAAGUGUGUCAUUGGGUUUCGUGACUGGGAGCAAGUACGUGAGAAGUAUUUUCACAUAACGAAUUUAUCAUGUCAGGAAACAACGAGAUGAUAUUAAGAUUCGCGAAAUUAUCAGAAAAAGCUCAUGCACCGAUGAAGGGGUCGGAAUAUGCGGCAGGAUAUGAUCUGAGAAGUGCUUACAAGUAUAUUGUACCAGCGCAUGGGAAAGAAUUGGUUAAAACAGAUUUGCAAGUACAAGUUCCCCCUGGCACAUAUGGCAGAGUUGCACCACGAUCCGGCUUAGCAUGGAAAAAUCACAUAGACGUAGGUGCAGGUGUCAUAGAUGCAGAUUACCGAGGUAACGUGGGUAUAGUGUUAUUUAAUCAUAGCAAUGAGGAUUUUGAAAUCGCACCUGGUGAUCGUGUAGCUCAGUUAAUAUGUGAAAGAAUUAUAUAUCCCAAACUAGAGGAAAUAGAAUUCCUAAGUGAUACAAGUAGAGGUAUAGGAGGAUUUGGAUCAACAGGCACAAAAUGAAGUGUUAACUCUAGUUUGAUAUUGCUUAUUGAUAUAAAGAACUUUCAAGGUUUUAUUUUACGUACUUGUAUUUUAAAUUAU